UAAAGUUUCCAAAUAACAAUUAUAAAUAAUUAUAUAAACAUAAAAUAAAAAUGGAUACACAUGCUAUUUUUAAUGAAAAUGAUGAAGUAAUUGAGUGCCGCAGAUGUAGUAUUACACUAUUAGUUGCGGGUAUCACAUUUGGAAAAGGCACUCUAUAUGUUGCUGACAGUAAACUUUACUGGAAGAAUCGUAAUCAAGUAAUUAGUAUGAAUUAUAAUGCUAUGAGAGACUUUGAUGUAUAUAAUCAUCCAGCAAUACACAAAAAGCCUUGUAUGGCAAUAUACCUUGAUUUGAAAUAUAAUACACCUGAUGUUGAUAAAGUUAAUCAAAAUGAAGAAGAGAGAGAAGAAAAAAAAUUUUUACCUAUAUUUUUAGUACCUGAUCGCCGAAGAUGUCUGAAUGAAAUAUAUGAAAUAAUAAUAAAAGUCCAGUCAUUAAAAUUUCGUGAUAUUGUAGACAAUGAAGAUGAAGUAAAAGGAUCAGACCGAGAAUCAAACCUGACUAAAAGUGAAAGUGAUGAACAUGAAGACUCUGAUAAAAGUUCUCUUAAUACUAUUAGUUCAACUUGCACUCUAAAAGACCAAGCAGCAGGCUCUAUUGAUGUCUUUAAUCGAUAUCAUGAAUUAGAUGCAAAAAAUGGUGAAAAGAAAAAUCAAGAUGAACAAGUAUUAAUUAAUGAAAGAAAGCGAAAGUUUGAAGAUUUUCCAGAACAAGAAGAGAACCCUACUAAGAUACAUAAACUGUGGAACUUAAUGAAAUAUCCUUUUAAAAAAAUUACAUCACUUAAUACUUCAAUAAAUGAAAAUGAACCAAAUAUUUCCCAAGAUGAAGUCAUAGCUGAAACCAUAGCUAGAAAAAAGAAUUUCUUAGAACCAGACACUGUUUGUGAAAACAAAAGUGAUAUUGUCAAAGCUGAAGAAAUAAACUCUCAAAAUAAUUCUGAGACAGAUGGAGAAAAUGAGGAUACUUCAACAAAUGAGACUUCACAACAAUUCUGUAAAAUAAUGUAAUAGAUGCAAAUAGGUAUAAAUUGAUUAUAGCAAUAUUCUUAUUUUAAAUAAGUGCCUAUUCAUAUUAGUUAAGUAAUACAUUGAAUAUUUUAGCUGUAUUGACUCAGUUAGUCAAAUAAAACAAGGCCCCACAAAAUUUGAUUUUUUUUUAUACUAUUUUAA